CGACCCGGGAGCAGGAAACGGGUGCCCAGGGAAGCAGUGGAGAGAUGCGGCACUCUGUGGCAGGAGCGGUAAAGUGCGACCCCCGUGAGAGGGGCAGUCUGGGCAGGAGCGCCGAGGAAACCUCGUGAUAAAAUGCAGCGCGUGGCCCCUCAGAUACCCGUCCUGUUCCUGGCUUGCGUGGCUUUAUUCACUGCCUGCGUGGCUCGGGCAGAGCGAGGAAGCUCCCCGUUACCGCCCGCCCCGGGAGGGCAGGAGGCAGCCGAGGCGCUCUAUGGAAUCGUGUUCGAUGCCGGGAGCACAGGGACCCGGAUACACGUCUACACCUUCAGGCGGAGGGCCGGCGGCAUCAUGGACGCCCACACGGGAUCUCGUCUGCAGCUCGAGGGCGAGGUGUUUGAGUCGGUGAAGCCGGGACUCUCUGCGUUUGCUGAUCACCCAGAGAAGGGUGCAGACACGGUGCGUGCGCUGCUGGAUCUGGCGCAGAAUGUGGUUCCGGACACCCACUGGCGGCGGACGCCUCUGAUUCUUAAAGCGACUGCCGGUCUCAGACUGCUUUCUCACCACCAGGCAGAGGCGCUACUCACGCAGGUUAGACUCGUUUUUCGUGUGUCCCCCUUCCUUGUGCUUGAUAACAGCGUCAGUAUAAUGGACGGGUCUGAUGAAGGGACGCUGGCGUGGGUCUCGGUGAAUUACCUCACAGGUCGCUUGCACGGUAGGCACAGUGUUGGGAUACUGGACCUUGGAGGUGGAUCGACUCAAAUCACGUUCCUGCCCCUGGAUAAGGCCACGUUGGAUGACACACCCAGGGAAUUUCUUGCUGUCGUUGAGCUUUUUAACAGCACAUACCGGCUGUACACGCGCAGUUAUUUAGGGCUUGGGUUAAUGGCGGCUCGACUCGCAGUGCUUGGAGCUUCUGGAUCUGGAGUGCCACAGGGGCAUGUAUUUCGCAGCCAUUGUCUUCCACAAAAUAUGGAUUCAGAAUGGAGCUUUGCUGGAGUCUCGUACAGAUACGGAGGGAAGUCUGACGGAGUCGGCGGAUUCAAUGCCUGUUAUUCAGAAGUUCUGCCCAUCGUACGCGGAAAAAUCCAUCAGGUUGCAGAGGUUCGAGACAGACAUUUCUACGCAUUUUCCUACUUUUAUGACUGCGCUGCAGAAUCAGCCAUGAUCGAUUAUAAACACGGUGGAGUUCUGGAGCUCAGAGAUUUCUCUAGAAAGGCCCGAGAAGUUUGUGAGAAUAUGUCUGCGUUCUCGCCGCUGACUCCCUUCCUGUGCAUGGAUCUGACGUACAUCACCGCGUUACUCCGCGACGGCUUUGGGUUUGAGGACGGGACCCGGCUGCAGUUAACAAAGAAGGUGAAGGACGUGGAAAUGAGCUGGACUCUGGGGGCCGCUUUCCAGCUCCUGCAAACCUUGGCUCAGUGACCUGGCCCAGGCAGAGAGGCAGCCGGCCACGCGAGCCCACGCAGCAGGACUUGGCUGAGCCACGGCCAGACGGCAGUAACGAGCACCACGGGCACACCUGACCCAGUUCAGGACAGAGCGCGCCCACCGUUAGACGUCCACGGUGGGCAUUCACACUGCAUGAACCUGGAGACGUCUCCUCUGUAAUACCUCGCAUCCCAAGACAAAAAACUCGUCAAUACAAAUUCAUUUUAUUUACCUCAGAGUUUAUUUAAUAAAUUAAUCCGAGCAGACGGGAAAUCCCUGCCCCAGAA